UUUGCAAUUGCAAUCAAGAUGGAGGAGCGGGGCGGCUUCAGCUCCGGUCCAGGGCACUGUUGCUAACGCAGCUGUUCCUGCCUGGCUCCCCAAAGACCGCAAUAACCUUCCACCAACUUGCACGCCCGCUGCCGCCUGCUUUCAUUCUCUUUCCCUCUCACCGGCUUUCUGCUGCUGCAUUGAUUGCAGCCCCUUCCUCCCAUCAACAUCCAUGCGCCCUCCCUUCCCCCUCCUGCGAUUGUCUCUUUUUUUUUUUUUGCUCCCGCAUGCAUCCAUUACUUAUGCAUGCGCCGCACACCCUGCCUCUCUGGAGGGGCUGCCGGGGGCUCUCCUAGAACGGUGAUCGCUGAGCGCACACCUUCCGUCGUGUCCUCCUCCUAUUAUUGUAACCAUUUGCUGCUGCCUGUGCAAUCGAGCCAUCCAUCCAUUCAGCCACCUCUUUCUCUCCCCCCGCCCCCCCCCACACCUUUGCAGCAUCACCACCACCGUGUCUCUGGAUGGAUUUCUUCCUCGUUUUUUGCUAGAAGGUGAAGCCGGGGAUCCGGCGGGGGACAAAAACAGGGGGUCGUUUUCCCGUCAUCCUGCUGUCAGGAUCUAGGAAGGAGGCUGAUCAUCGUGGCGGUAGUAGAGGGAUCAGAUCCGGAGGAGCCACCGACCUCAGUCAGUAGCCAUGAGCGGUUCCACCACCGCCUCCUCGAACAGCGGCAACGCGGCUGGGGAAGGGGCGGAAGACGCUGCCAAGGAUUCCGCAGACAUCGCGGCUUUCUUCCGUUCGGGAUUUCGUAAAAAUGAUGAAAUGAAAGCUAUGGAAGUCCUUCCAAUCCUCAAGGAGAAAGUUGCAUACCUUUCAGGUGGAAGAGAUAAACGUGGAGGCCCCAUUCUAACAUUUCCAGCUCGAAGCAAUCAUGACAGAAUACGACAAGAGGACCUUAGGAGGCUCAUUUCAUACCUGGCGUGUAUUCCUAGUGAAGACGUGUGCAAGCGAGGUUUCACAGUAAUUGUAGAUAUGCGUGGAUCAAAAUGGGACUCUAUUAAGCCACUUUUGAAGAUCCUACAAGAAUCCUUUCCAUGUUGCAUUCACGUUGCACUGAUAAUCAAGCCAGAUAACUUUUGGCAGAAACAGCGAACUAAUUUUGGCAGCUCCAAGUUUGAAUUUGAGACAAACAUGGUGUCUCUGGAAGGCCUUACCAAAGUUGUUGACCCUUCUCAGUUAACUCAAGAAUUUGAUGGCUGUUUGGAAUAUAACCAUGAGGAAUGGAUAGAAAUCAGAGUUGCCUUUGAGGAUUACAUUAGCAAUGCCACUCACAUGCUCUCUAGGUUGGAGGAGCUGCAGGAUAUAUUGGCCAAAAAGGAUUUGCCUCAGGACUUGGAGGCAGCCAGAAGUAUGAUAGAGGAGCAUUCACAACUGAAGAAAAAAGUCAUUAAAGCUCCUAUUGAGGACCUGGACUUGGAAGGGCAAAAGCUACUGCAGAGGAUACAGAGCAGUGAGACUUUCCCCAAAAAGAACUCUGGGUCUGGAAAUGCAGAUCUACAGAACCUCUUACCGAAAGUAUCUACUAUGUUGGACAGGCUGCACUCAACACGGCAGCAUCUGCAUCAGAUGUGGCACGUACGGAAAUUGAAAUUAGACCAAUGCUUUCAGCUCAGACUUUUUGAACAGGAUGCAGAGAAGAUGUUUGACUGGAUCACACACAAUAAAGGCCUGUUUUUGAACAGCUACACAGAAAUUGGAGCCAGUCAUCCUCAUGCUAUGGAACUCCAGACACAGCACAACCAUUUUGCUAUGAACUGUAUGAACGUGUAUGUGAACAUAAAUCGCAUAAUGUCUGUAGCCAGUCGUUUGGUGGAGUCUGGUCACUAUGCUUCACAACAAAUCAAACAGAUUGCCAACCAGUUGGAACAGGAAUGGAAGGCAUUUGCAGCAGCCUUAGAUGAACGCAGCACCUUGCUGGAUAUGUCGGCUAUUUUCCACCAGAAGGCUGAGCAGUACAUGAGUAAUGUGGAUUCAUGGUGUAAGGCCUGUGGUGAAGUAGAGCUUCCCUCAGAACUGCAGGAUUUGGAGGAUGCCAUUCACCAUCACCAAGGAAUAUAUGAGCAUAUUACCCUGGCAUACUCUGAGGUAAGUCAGGAUGGGAAAUCACUGCUUGACAAACUGCAACGACCUUUGACACCUGGAAGCUCAGAUUCCCUAACAGCUUCAGCCAACUACUCCAAGGCAGUACACCAUGUCCUAGAUGUUAUUCAUGAAGUGUUGCAUCACCAGAGGCAAUUGGAGAACAUUUGGCAACAUCGAAAAGUCCGCUUACAUCAACGACUUCAGCUCUGUGUCUUUCAACAGGAUGUACAACAGGUGCUGGACUGGAUUGAAAACCAUGGAGAAGCUUUCCUUAGCAAACAUACAGGAGUUGGGAAAUCCUUGCAUCGAGCCAGAGCACUCCAGAAGCGCCACGAAGACUUUGAAGAAGUGGCGCAGAACACAUAUACUAAUGCAGACAAAUUGCUAGAAGCAGCUGAACAGCUGGCACAGACAGGAGAGUGCGACCCUGAAGAGAUUUAUCAAGCAGCCCAUCAGUUGGAAGACCGGAUACAAGAUUUUGUUCGGCGGGUGGAGCAGCGCAAGAUCUUACUAGACAUGUCUGUAUCUUUUCACACCCACGUUAAAGAGCUCUGGACAUGGCUGGAAGAGCUGCAGAAAGAAUUGCUGGAUGAUGUCUAUGCUGAAUCUGUGGAGGCUGUGCAGGAGCUGAUCAAAAGGUUUGGCCAGCAGCAGCAAACUACUCUGCAAGUUACAGUGAAUGUUAUCAAGGAAGGCGAGGAUCUAAUACAGCAGCUGAGGGAUUCGGCCAUCUCCAGCAACAAGACUCCUCAUAACAGCUCCAUCAAUCACAUUGAGACAGUCCUUCAGCAGCUGGAUGAGGCCCAAUCCCAGAUGGAGGAACUCUUCCAGGAGCGCAAAAUAAAGCUGGAGCUCUUCUUGCAGUUGCGGAUAUUCGAGAGAGAUGCCAUUGAUAUCAUUUCAGACUUAGAAUCCUGGAAUGAUGAACUGUCUCAACAAAUGAAUGAUUUUGACACUGAGGAUCUUACAAUAGCUGAACAAAGGCUUCAGCACCAUGCAGACAAAGCACUAACCAUGAAUAACCUGACUUUUGAUGUCAUCCACCAAGGACAAGAUCUUCUACAAUAUGUCAAUGAAGUUCAGGCUUCUGGUGUUGAACUGCUCUGUGACAGAGAUGUGGACAUGGCAACUCGGGUUCAGGACUUGCUCGAAUUCCUCCACGAGAAACAGCAGGAGCUGGACCUGGCGGCAGAACAACAUCGGAAGCAUUUAGAACAAUGUGUACAGCUACGCCAUCUGCAGGCUGAAGUCAAGCAGGUAUUGGGCUGGAUCCGAAAUGGGGAGUCCAUGUUAAAUGCUGGCCUGAUUACAGCUAGCUCACUGCAGGAGGCUGAGCAGCUACAGCGUGAACAUGAGCAGUUCCAGCAUGCAAUAGAGAAAACUCACCAGAGUGCCCUGCAAGUACAGCAGAAAGCCGAGGCGAUGUUGCAGGCUAAUCAUUAUGACAUGGACAUGAUCAGAGACUGUGCUGAGAAGGUGGCCUCUCAUUGGCAGCAGCUGAUGCUCAAGAUGGAAGAUCGUCUCAAGCUUGUGAAUGCCUCCGUUGCUUUUUAUAAAACAUCAGAGCAGGUGUGCAGUGUGCUGGAAAGUUUGGAACAAGAAUAUAAGCGAGAAGAAGACUGGUGUGGAGGUGCUGAUAAACUCGGUCCCAACUCUGAAACAGACCAUGUGACUCCAAUGAUUAGCAAACACCUUGAGCAAAAGGAGGCCUUCCUAAAGGCUUGCACACUGGCUCGGCGAAAUGCUGAUGUGUUCCUGAAAUACCUGCACAGAAAUAGUGUAAAUAUGCCAGGGAUGGUGACUCACAUCAAGGCUCCGGAACAGCAGGUCAAAAAUAUCCUGAAUGAACUUUUCCAGAGAGAAAAUCGUGUCCUACACUACUGGACAAUGAGAAAACGACGCCUUGACCAAUGUCAGCAAUAUGUAGUCUUUGAAAGAAGUGCUAAACAGGCUCUUGAGUGGAUCCAUGACAAUGGAGAGUUUUAUUUAUCCACACACACUUCCACUGGCUCUAGUAUCCAGCAUACUCAAGAGCUCUUAAAGGAACAUGAAGAAUUCCAGAUAACUGCAAAGCAAACCAAAGAGAGGGUGAAGUUGUUGAUACAGCUCGCCGAUGGCUUUUGUGAAAAGGGGCAUGCCCAUGCAGCAGAGAUUAAAAAAUGUGUCACAGCAGUGGACAAGAGAUACAGAGACUUCUCUCUGCGUAUGGAAAAAUACAGGACCUCUUUAGAGAAAGCUCUAGGGAUUUCUUCAGAUUCCAAUAAAUCGAGUAAAAGCUUGCAACUGGAUAUAAUCCCAGCCAGUGUUCCUGGGUCAGAGGUGAAACUGCGAGAUGCUGCUCAUGAACUUAAUGAAGAAAAGAGGAAGUCUGCCCGCAGGAAAGAGUUCAUUAUGGCUGAGCUUAUCCAGACAGAGAAGGCUUAUGUAAGAGAUCUUCGGGAAUGUAUGGAUACAUAUCUGUGGGAAAUGACAAGUGGUGUUGAAGAGAUCCCACCUGGUAUUGUCAACAAAGAGCACAUCAUUUUUGGAAACAUGCAGGAGAUCUAUGAAUUUCACAACAAUAUAUUCCUGAAAGAGCUGGAGAAAUAUGAGCAGUUACCUGAAGAUGUUGGUCAUUGCUUUGUUACUUGGGCAGACAAGUUCCAAAUGUAUGUGACUUACUGCAAAAACAAACCAGACUCAACUCAGCUAAUUUUAGAGCACGCAGGUGCAUAUUUUGAUGAAAUACAACAGCGGCAUGGCUUGGCCAAUUCAAUCUCAUCUUACCUUAUCAAACCAGUUCAACGGAUAACAAAAUACCAGCUCCUUCUAAAGGAGCUACUCACCUGCUGUGAAGAGGGUAAAGGUGAGAUUAAAGAUGGCUUAGAAGUUAUGCUGAGUGUGCCAAAGCGAGCCAAUGAUGCCAUGCAUCUCAGUAUGCUGGAAGGUUUUGAUGAGAACAUUGAAUCUCAGGGAGAACUCAUCCUUCAGGAAUCCUUCCAAGUAUGGGAUCCAAAAACUCUCAUCCGGAAAGGGCGUGAAAGACAUCUCUUUCUUUUUGAGAUGUCACUUGUCUUUAGUAAAGAAGUGAAAGACUCUAGUGGAAGAAGUAAAUACAUCUACAAAAGCAAGUUGUUUACCUCUGAGUUGGGUGUCACAGAGCAUGUAGAAGGUGAUCCCUGUAAAUUUGCACUGUGGGUUGGAAGAACUCCUACUUCAGACAAUAAAAUUGUGCUAAAGGCUUCCAGUAUUGAGAACAAACAAGACUGGAUCAAACAUAUCAGAGAAGUAAUACAGGAAAGAACAAUUCAUCUCAAAGGAGCCUUAAAAGAGCCUAUCCACAUUCCUAAAACUGCCCCAACAACAAAACAAAAGGGAAGAAGAGAUGGAGAAGACUUGGAUAGUCAAGGAGAGGGUAGCAGUCAACCUGAUACUAUUUCAAUUGCAUCACGAACCUCCCAAAAUACGCUGGAUAGUGAUAAGUUAUCUGGUGGUUGUGAGCUGACAGUAGUCAUCCAUGACUUUACAGCAUGCAACAGCAAUGAACUGACAAUCCGUCGUGGUCAGACAGUAGAAGUUCUAGAGAGGCCUCAUGAUAAACCUGACUGGUGCCUAGUACGAACUACUGACCGGUCCCCAGCUGCAGAAGGACUAGUUCCCUGUGGUUCUCUCUGCAUUGCCCACUCUAGAAGCAGUAUGGAAAUGGAGGGCAUCUUUAACCACAAAGAUUCUCUUUCAGUUUCCAGCAAUGAUGCGAGUCCCCCUGCAUCAGUAACGUCACUCCAGCCCCAUACAAUUGGUGCACAAAGCUCCCCAGGUCCUAAACGCCCAGGCAAUACCCUGAGGAAGUGGCUCACUAGCCCAGUGAGGCGACUUAGCAGUGGAAAGGCAGAUGGCCAUGUAAAGAAACUGGCCCACAAACAUAAGAAGAGUCGUGAGGUCCGCAAAAGUGCUGAUACCGGCUCUCAGAAGGACUCUGAUGACAGUGCAGCUACACCCCAAGAUGAAACUCUUGAAGAGAGAGGCCGGAAUGAAGGCUUGAGUAGUGGCACCCUCUCCAAAUCAUCCUCGUCUGGCAUGCAGAGCUGUGGAGAGGAAGAAGGUGAAGAAGGGGCUGACACUGUGCCACUUCCCCCUCCAAUGGCAAUCCAGCAACAUAGUCUGCUUCAGCCAGACUCGCAGGAUGAUAAGACAUCUUCUCGUUUAUUGGUACGUCCUACCAGCUCAGAAACUCCCAGUGCAGCAGAGCUUGUCAGUGCAAUAGAGGAGCUUGUGAAGAGCAAAAUGGCUCUAGAGGAUCGCCCAAGUUCACUUAUGGUAGACCAGGGUGACAGCAGCAGCCCAUCAUUCAAUCCUUCAGACAACUCACUUCUCUCCUCCUCAUCACCCAUUGAUGAGAUGGAGGAACGGAAAUCCAGUUCUUUAAAGAGGAGACAGUAUGUCCUACAGGAAUUAGUAGAGACAGAACGAGAUUAUGUGAGAGAUCUUGGCUAUGUAGUAGAGGGUUAUAUGGCGCUCAUGAAAGAAGAUGGUGUUCCUGAUGACAUGAAAGGAAAAGACAAAAUUGUGUUUGGCAACAUUCAUCAAAUUUAUGACUGGCACAGAGAUUUCUUUUUAGGAGAAUUAGAGAAGUGCCUUGAGGAUCCAGAAAAAUUAGGAUCGCUUUUUGUUAAACAUGAGAGAAGAUUGCACAUGUAUAUAGUUUAUUGCCAAAAUAAACCAAAGUCUGAGCAUAUUGUCUCAGAAUACAUUGAUACAUUUUUUGAGGACCUGAAGCAACGUUUGGGUCAUAGACUUCAGCUCACAGAUUUGCUGAUAAAACCAGUGCAAAGAAUUAUGAAGUAUCAGUUGUUACUAAAGGAUUUCCUCAAAUACUCUAAAAAAGCUAAUCUUGAUACAACAGAAUUAGAGAGAGCCGUAGAAGUAAUGUGCAUUGUCCCAAAACGGUGCAAUGACAUGAUGAAUGUUGGUCGUUUACAAGGGUUUGAUGGUAAAAUCGUUGCACAGGGUAAGCUGUUGCUGCAAGAUACGUUCAUGGUUACGGACCAAGAUACAGGGCUCUUGCCACGUUGCAAAGAAAGACGUGUCUUCCUCUUUGAGCAGAUUGUGAUAUUCAGUGAACCUCUGGAUAAAAAGAAAGGUUUCUCAACACCGGGAUUCUUAUUUAAAAACAGCAUCAAGGUGAGUUGCCUUUGCUUGGAGGAAAAUGUAGACAACGAUCCAUGUAAAUUUGCACUAACGUCAAGAGCAGGUGAUGUCAUGGAGACUUUUGUUUUGCAUUCCACCAGUCCAGGAGUACGUCAAAUGUGGAUCCAUGAAAUCAACCAAAUCUUGGAAAACCAGCGUAAUUUUCUAAAUGCCUUGACAUCACCCAUUGAGUACCAGAGGAACCACAGUGGUCCUGGAGGCAGCAGCAGCAGCAGCAGUAGCAACAACAGUGGCCCUAGCACCUGCACUGGAAUCCCCAGCUCCAGCCGUAGCAGGCCUUCCCGGAUCCCGCAGCCAGUCCGACACCACUCCCCAGUCCUGGUCUCCUCUGCCACUUCAGUCCAAGCAGAGGCAGACAAGAUGUCAGGUAUGUCCAUUCACAAUUCCUCCCUGCCUCCCCACACCACCACUCUAGAGGCUGGCUUUAACCAGGCAGGCAGGCAUCCAUCAAAUGUACAGCAGAAUGGUCCAGAAAGAGAAAUAGAGAAGAUCCCCAAGAUGAAAGCAAUGGAAAGCCCCCGGAAGACAUCUGGAAGUACUUGUGGCUCAGCAGAUUCAGAUCCGAGGGAAUGCCGUGGGAAUUCAGAGGAGAGCCGUUCAAGGAGCAACAUAGGAUCAUUGACACUGGGAAAAUCAAGACCAGGAGCCAUCUCGCCAAUAAACUCUCCUUCUGCAGUGACUUUCCCAUCUCCUUUUGGCAAGGAAACCUUUACACCCAGCAGCCCCCUGCAGAAGGGCUCCUUUUGGAGCUCCAUCCCAGCAUCCCCUGUCAGCCGCCCUGGCUCCUUCACUUUCCCCGGGGACAGUGACUCCCUCCAGCGCCAGGUUCACCGUCACUCUUCACACAGCAAGGACACAGACCGCAUGAGCACAUGUUCCUCGACCAGCGAACAAUCAGUACACUCCACCCAGAGUAAUGGGAGUGAAAGUAGCAGCAGUAGCAAUAUCUCCACCAUGCUGGUGACACACGAUUAUACGGCAGUGAAGGAGGAUGAGAUUAAUGUCUACCAAGGAGAAGUCGUGCAAAUUUUAGCCAGCAACCAACAGAACAUGUUUUUGGUGUUCCGAGCCGCCACUGACCAGUGCCCCGCAGCCGAGGGCUGGAUCCCCGGCUACGUCCUGGGACACACCAGUGCAGUCACUAUUGAUAACUCUGAUGGAACAAUGAAGAAGUCGUCAUCUUGGCACACAGCACUCCGCCUAAGGAAAAAAUCUGAGAAAAAAGACAAAGACGGCAAAAGGGAAGGCAAAUUAGAAAAUGGUUAUCGUAAAUCUAGAGAUGGACUUGCCAAUAAGGUUUCCGUGAAGCUUCUCAACCCCAACUAUAUUUAUGAUGUUCCCCCAGAAUUUAUAAUACCAUUAAGUGAGAUGACGUGUGAGACAGGAGAGACCGUCAUUCUUAAAUGCAAGGUCUGUGGUCGUCCCAAAGCUUCAGUAACUUGGAAAGGUCCUGAUCAUAAUACAUUGAGCAAUGACAGCCAUUACAGCAUCUCAUGCAGUGAUUUAGGAGAAGCAUAUCUGAAAAUCAUUGGUGUGACCACAGAAGAUGAUGGUAUAUACACAUGUAUAGCUGCAAAUGAUAUGGGUUCAAUUUCCACUUCGGCUAGUCUACGAGUUUUAGGUCCUGGAAGCGAUGGGAUCAUGGUAACCUGGAAGGCUAACUUUGAUUCCCUGUAUAGUGAAGUGGCUGAGCUUGGCAGGGGCAGGUUUUCUGUCAUUAAGAGAUGUGAUCAAAAGGGAACCAAGCGAGAAGUAGCCGCUAAAUUCGUAAAUAAGAAAUUGAUGAAACGAGAUCAGGUCACUCGUGAACUUGGAAUUAUGCAGAAUCUCCAACACCCUCAGCUUGUUGGCCUUCUUGAUACCUUUGAGACUUCCACCAGUUACAUCUUGGUGUUAGAAAUGGCCAACCAGGGUCGCCUUCUUGACUACAUUGUACAAUGGGGAAACCUCACUGAAGGAAAGAUCAAGCUGUACCUGCGGGAGAUUCUGGAAGCUGUACAUUAUCUUCACAAUUGCAGAAUAGUACACUUGGACCUAAAGCCUGAAAACAUUCUGGUGGAUAAGAGUUUGGCCAAAGCAACAAUCAGAUUGGCUGACUUUGGAGAUGCAGUCCAGCUCAACACUACUUAUUAUAUCCACCAGUUAUUUGGGAACCCAGAAUUUGCAGCUCCUGAAAUUAUCCUUGGAAAUCCCGUCUCCCUGACCUCAGAUGUGUGGAGCAUUGGAGUGCUCACAUAUGUCCUCCUUAGUGGCGUGUCUCCUUUCUUGGAUGAAAGUGUAGAGGAAACCUGCCUGAACAUUUGUCGCUUAGACUUUAGCUUCCCAGAUGACUACUUCAAAGGAGUAAGCCAGAAGGCCAAAGAUUUUGUAUGUUUCUUAUUGCAGGAUGACCCAGCCAAGCGUCCUUCUGCUGCACUGGCCCUCCAGGAGCAAUGGCUGCAGCCAGGCAGUGCCAAAAGUGCUGACAGCAUUGACAUAGCCAGACUGACUUCAUUCAUUGAGCGGCGAAAACACCAGAACGAUGUUCGACCCAUUCGUAGCAUUAAAAACUUUUUACAGAGCAGGCUCUUGCCAAAAGUUUAACCUAUCUUCGAUGUUCUCUCUCAUUCUCUUUCACCUGUCAGUUAAACUGAGGAUGAAGCUCUCCUGCCAAUCAGCUGUUGACUUGAAUUUGGGGUGAAGAAGACACAAAAGCCAAUCAGCUGCUAGCAUGUUCAUCGUGUGAAAAUGUAUUCCAAGUAAAUCUGCACACGAUUGUACUUGGGACUAGCAGUGUAAAACUACGUUGGGGUGGAGGACUACAACACUGUACUCUGCAAAAGGCAAUGAAGAACAUUACACUUAUAACAGUAUUUUAUUCAGGUUUCUGCAAAAAAAAAACUUUUUUAAAAAAAAGUCAAAGGAGAAUUAAAAUUUUGCGAAUGACCUUAACUAGAAUUUUCAAGAUUUUAGAAAAAGGAACUAUGCCUAUGAUCAAAGCACUGGUGUUAAAAGACAAGAUAUGGACACUGACACUUAAAAAUGAUUUAAUGGAAUGGCUGUCCAUCUGGAUGGUGCCCAUUUUGGACCAUCUAGUUUUUGUUUUCAUUUUUGACUUGGACAUAGAGCUUUCCAGUUGCCUCGCCUGUGUAUAUCUUGCAUAGCAGUGCACUGAGAUCAGACUCUGCUUUUAAGUGCAUCCAACCUCAAGAUUUUUGCAUACAGAUAGAAUGAACCAUUUUGCUCUGAUAAAAUGUAGGCCUUACUUGUAAAUAGACUAUUACCUGCCUUCGAUCUGUGUCUCUAUUUUUUGCCCUCUUUUCCUUCCUCCUAAAUGGUGGUAUACCACUGUGCGGGUCUUUAGUUCAGGUCAGCCUUGGCUGGACCUAUCAGAAAAGGACUCCUGAGUUUGGUAACAAAUAGGCCAACCUCUACCAUCAAGCAGGAAACAGCAGGAAGAUAAUACUGUAAAUGCACUCACUUUGGGAUUUUUUUAAUUUUAUUUCAUAUCAUGUGCAAUGUUGUGGCUUUAACAUUUUAUGCAACUAUUUAUGAGAACUUCAGUUGUAACUGUAAUAAAUAUAUAGAAAAAAGCACAUUCAUAGUAUGGUGAGCUUUAUGACUUUGUGCUUGGAAUUUCCAGGGUUGGGGUGGGUGAAGGUUUAUCAAUAUGUCGUAAACUAGUUGAACUUGAUGCUUAUCUUAGGACUUUGUUAAAAAGUCAAACUGAUUUUAAAAGAUUGUAAAAUUAUUUUCAUCUCCUGAAAAACAAACUGGAUUUUAAAAAUGGGGAAUGUUUUAUUGAAGUUUGGUUUGACUUGGUUUGGUUUGGUUGGUUGGUUGUUCAAAAUGCCAAAGUAUUACUUUUCCCCUCAAAUUAAUUUCUAUUUUAUAGAAUGUUCAGAUUUGUCUACUGCUUUUUUUCUACAAUAACUGAGCAAAAUUUGUGUUCUUCAAAGAAAAUACUACCAAGCAAACACGGACCAGAACCUGACAUCAGAUGGCAAGCUCUUUAUUAAAUAAUAAAAAUGAUGAAUAUAUGGGAUAUUGAGAUAUUAACAGUUUUCUGUGCAUUAGACAAGGACAGUCACAUAUGUUUCUUGUCUGUAAUGAGCCUUGGUUAAAAAAACAAGCCGGCAUCCAAUACAAAGUAGUUCUAGCAAUCCAUCUUAAAUUAUCAUCUGGUUAUAAUUUUAGUGUUUGUGGCUUCCAUUGUAAACUAUUUAUUUUUUUGUUUUUCUUUUGUUUUUUGUAAAACUGUACAGAAACUUUUAAAGUAAGAAUUAAAAUCAAAACUGGAUGGAUGUAUAUUCAUACCAACCAUAACUUUUUUGCUUCUGAAUUAUUUUAUUUCCUACUUUAGUUGAAGUUUUGCUUCAUUUUGCAUGUAUAUUUUUGUACAGUGAUGUUGCGUGUUUACACAGUAUGAUGUGAUGUAUAUAUUUUAUU